AUGCUGAUACUGCGAUUUAAAAAAUUAAUAAUUGGUGGAGCGGUUUCUCUCGGAGUUGGCUAUCAACAAAAGAAAGACUAUGAUUCAAGAAAAACCUUAGCAGUCGAAUUUCUAAUGGAUCGUCCUUCUCUAGAAGAAGAUGAUGAUGAUGAUCAUCCUCACCUCAACAUUGGAAGUGAAGAAGCAAAUAGAAUAGCAAGAGAAGCACAACAACGAAAAUUACUAGAAGGCGGUACUCCCACAAAAGAUGAAUUACACAAAAUAUUACAAGAACAGUUAAAGAUGGAUCUAGACACAAGUUUCAUGUCAUCGUCACCACCAGAAAACAAAUAA